ACUCUCCAUCCCCGCUAUAAACCUCUCUCUCACGACAAAGCACCUCAAGUCCUUAUCGUCGUGUUCCUUUGUCUCUGUUUUCAUCAUUUCGCUUUUAUCUCACCGAAACAAUGCUAAGAACAAACAGAGAAAACGAGAGAAAAUGUAAGAAAACGGACAACAGUCAAAACCCAUCGUUCUCUUCCUUUCUUCUGGAUCAAAUCUAUCGAUCCAUCGACUCCGAAGAUUCGAGAUGCUACAGAUCUUGCCCCGUAAGAGAACAGAGCAAGACAUACAAAAAGACCCAAGAUUUCGAAGAUUCGACGUUUUUCAGCUCUGGUUCGUGUUCUUCCGACACGAGCUCAUCUGGGUUCUCGGCUUCCGACACGGAACUCAUUUACGGAAACAGGACGGCGAAGCCCUUCUGUGUCGCCCCGCCUCGUCCUCGUCCUGUCCGAGUUGCAGAGAAAACAGAGAAGAGGGAAGAAAAACAGAGAAUUCUGUUUCAUGGAAACAGAGAUCGCGUCAAACAAGAAGAGAACGACCUGAUCAAAUCGGAAUCGAGAGCUAUGAAGAUUUACAACAAUCUCAAGAAAUUGAAGCAGCCUAUUUCUCCUGGAGGCCGCAUCGCCAGCUUCAUCAACUCCCUCUUCACCGGAACCAACAAUGUCAAGAAACCGGAGAUUUGUCGGAAUCCGGACGAUGGGUUUAUCAGAAAAUCUCAAACUUCGAUUAAACAUUUCUCUUCUUCUUCUUCGUCUUCGUGUUCUCAGUCUAGAUCGUGCUUAAGCAAGUAUUCCACUUCGACCAGAGAAAAACAGAAGAACACAGAGAAGCGUAGCGUUCGAUUUUACCCCGUGAGUGUGAUUGUUGGCGACGACUCUAUACCCUGUGGACACAAAAGUAUUGGCGAAGAAGAAAAAGGGUUGAAAAAAGUCUCUGGUUUUGCCACCAACGAGAAGCGAAUCAGUGAGUAUGCGGCGGCGAGGGAGGAGGAGAUUAGGGUUAUGGUGGCGGAGAAGAGCAAGCGCGUGGAAAUGAUAGCGCGUGAGAUUCUCAGAGAGUAUGAGAGGAACAAGAAAAGGAAAGAAUCUUAUGGUCGUUGUGAGGGGGAGGAGGAAGACGAUGAAAACGAUGACGUUUUGAGUUGCUCGAGUUCAGACCUCUUCGAGCUCGAUCUUGUCGGAAAUGGAAGAUACAGAGAUGAAUUGCCUGUGUAUGAGACAACUCAUCUUCAGACGAAUCAUGCUAUUGCUAGUGGUUUGAUCUUGUAAAACGAAAUUAUAUAACUUUUUUUCUGUAUAUUUUCUUAAUUAUAAUACCUCGACUUUU